GUUUCUCGCGUGAAACCAUCAUCACGAUGUGACAUACGAUGAAAAGUCAAUUCGGACGAACUUUUAUCCGUUUUGACAAUUACAGUUUCAUUUUCGCAUCCUGUCGUGUUACCUUCAUGGUCGACGAGCGUCGAUAAGCUGAGAUAAAAUCUCACGCGUGACACGAUCGAGCGCGCGAGUCGUCGAUGUAGCGCCGAAAAUUGUACGAUCUGUCACUCCGUCACAUCGUCGUGCUAGGAGCUCAGGGUGUAUCUCGUGACGGCGAGCGUCACAGACGAGGAAAACUGCACCGAAUCGGCUUACCUAACGUCUCAUCGUGCGGAUGUCGCGAGGAGCCGGGUCCUCUUGAUGCGGAUCGAGCCGCCUGCCGGGAUGGAGCAGAGGUUGCCGAAUACGUCGGGACCGUCCCGUCAGAUUCCUUCGAAUAAUUUGAGAAAGAGCAAGAGACGAUCCAACCGCAGGAACAAUCUGCUGGACACAAUACUGGACACGUGGCCGAAUGAUCCACAGAACAAUCAGGAGGGUGAUCUGGUGGCUGGCAUGGAGUACCCUCCACGAAUGUUGUGGCAAUCGACAGGUGUACAGCAGAAUGUACCGGGUAACGGGCAACGUCUGUUCACCGCUAUGUCAGAUCCGAGUGUGUGUGGCUAUUCGCCAAUGCCAAUGACAUAUGCCAUGCAACCGGUCUCACUGCCAACGAUGUACAGAAUGUACCAGCCGAUGCCGGUGCCAAAUAUUAGAACCGUCCAGAAUAGACACAGGCAUCACUGUAACAAGUAUUUGGCAAAUGUUCGUCCCAAUGCCAACAAUACUAUCGUAAAUGGUUAUGGGAACCUGCAAGAAAAUGGAAUUCUAGAAUCCGCUGUACAUAUCGCUCAUCAAAAUGGAGAUUACGCCAGUUUACCACCCACUGCUAACAAAGAUAGUGGUGUCAAUAGUGAUGAACUCAAUUCGGAACAUAGAAGAUACUCUGAUCCUGGUCUGGGACCCGCUGAGAAAUCGUCUCGCUCCGACAGUGAUGAUUCUGAUAGUAUUGAGAGUGGGAGUUCAAUAACGACAAUUAGCCGUAGUAAUAAGCUUGUCUUAUCACUUAUUGAACAGGUAAUGACAGAACUAAAAAAAUGUAACAGUCAACUAUUUAAAGAACUCACUGAAACCAAAUCAAGUUUAGAAAACGUAAAAACAAAAUUGUCACAAUGUAAACACAAUACUCCUACGGAUUAUCAACCUGGAAUGUUAUCAGAACUUAUAUGUGAAAUUAGAGAAGCUAAUAGAAACUGCGAAGAAAAUUUAGGUAUAAAAAUCAAGUCUAUGAUAGAAGAAAAAUGUAAUCAACAAGCAAAAGAAGUAAAUGAGCUAAAGAAUCAAUUGGAGAAAUUUAUAAGAGAGAAAGAAGAAAGCGACGAACGUGUUGCGAAACUGGAGGAAGAAGUGACGGUGUUGAAGCUGAGCGCGACCAACGAAGGCCGCGAGAUUGCAGCCUUCGAAGAGGAGACUCUGGCGCUGCGACGGGAGCUCCAGGAGGCGCGGGCGUCCAGGACUCUGGCCGAGAACCACGCGGCAAAGUGCGUAAACUUUGCGGUAUCCAGAUCUGUCACGCCUGUAACUUUUGAUACGCCCUGUAUGACCAGCACCCCCGUGCGUACCGCUCUUACCGAUACUCUCUCCUUGCUCUCUACCGUUCCAUCCGUAAUAUCAUCACACACAUCCUCCGCCUUUUCCGUUCUACGUUCCCGUCCCGCGGAGGUGGCGGUUCUCCAAUCCGUCUUGGAGACGGCGAGUCAAAAUUCUGGAACAGACUCCGGAUCCGUAUUUCGCGAGGAUUCUCCACGCCCGACGGGAAGUGAAGGCAAUCGGUGCUCUGAAACGUCUUCGACAUCUUGCCAAAUUGCCGUAACUUGCAUAGGGAAGGAUGAUGUCACGAAUGCAAUUGGAAUCGAGUCUUGGAAUAAUAUAGAGAAACCGAAUUCGAAGAAUACCGAUAUUGAGACUCUUUGUAAAAAGAGUCCGAAGAGAGAGACUCUGUCCGCGGUGCAGUUUGACGAUUAUUUGAUUUUGCGCGAUCAGCAGGAGGCACGUAAUGUUGACGUAAAAAACGAUGAUAAAGGAAAGCCGUCGGCGGUGACCGACAAGGAAAAGAAGACGAAAUGUUUAAUGACCGAGGAGGAAAGGACGACAAAAUGUUUAAUGACUGAUAUUCUGAAAGAAUCUACUGACGAUCAGCUGGCGGAAAAAUAUGCGGAAGUAGAAGUGCCAUCGAUAACGGAAAGAGAUGAAACCAAAAUAGAUUUUGGGCCAUUAAGAGUCCUCGAAGAAUCAAAAGAUCUGUUCGAUGAACUGCUGAAUAUCAACAAUAUCAACAAGUCAGAAAAGUUGAUCAAUCGCUCGUAUGACGACAAGUUUUGGAAAAAGCUAUGCAAGUUUCAAAAUCAGCGAGGUAGCUUUAAGAAAUCACGACGGAAGAAGGAAAAUUUGAAGGAGGUGUAUGAUAUUACCAGUAAAUACUACACAACUUUAUCGUGCUCCUCGAGCUCAAACGAGGGAAAUUGCGACACUGCAAGCGAGGACGAGAAUUGUUAUCCCGAUAAUUGCGCGAAUCGAGCCAUCACCGAAGUGCCGGACGUCGUUGUGGUCGGUGGUGGUUCCAUCGUGCCGAAAGACCUCUGCUCAACGAGAACCCUGACCUCCAGAACCCAAACAGCACCUUCACGUGCCACCUACACCACCGCCUAUAUCUAGGUGGCGCGCGUACGCGCGGGGCCCCGAGCAAAAAGAUAAAAAGAAAGCCAUACACCAUCCUACUCGUCGCCAAUAUCCGCGAAAAAGGGGCUUCAAGGGGCUUUUUACUAGAGGCUACUACUAUGUACAUGUCGAAUAGCACGUAGGUUUAUUAUUCACUCGUCAUGCAUGCUUUUUCGUACACGCUCGUCAUACUUACGCCCCCCCCCCCGGCACUUUAGGAAGAAUUACGUCACUCCGGUAUCGAAAGAAGAUUCGUAUUCUUGAACUUGAUAAUAAAUUAGUUGCGUUCGGGGAACGAUCUAAACUAUCAGCGCUAUCGCGUCAUAUGUCUAUCUUUGUUAUAUGUCUAAUGCUAUUAUAUGAAUGCUAAAGAUAGAAUGACACAAUAGCGUUAAUAGCAUAUUCUCCGAAUGCAGCCAUUAUAUCAGGCAAAUAUAGUUUAUAUGUACAUUAAG